UCUGAUGGCUCGAACAAUCGUUCAGUAUCGUGCGUAUCGCGUGUGCGUUAACGUUCCUCUAGCGAUCUCUUCUUGGUUUUAUAAUACGUUCAAAACAAGAAGUACUUUUAAUAUUAUCCAAAGUUAAAUAUACAUUUAAAUCUGAAGUAUCUAGAAAAUAUUUGUAGUAGAAUGUUUCGAAACAAUCAAAAACAUCGUUUAUAAUUUUCCAAUACAUAAAAAAAUGAAAGAACAUAGUUCGCGUUGACUUUUCAUUUCCUUUUUAUCCCAGUGCUGUAGUCGUCGAGUCAGAAGUGCAAGAAUAGCCAGGCCUGAGAAACUCCGAAAGUCACAUAGUGUGAUAUAGAUAAUAUUUAGUGAAGAGGAAUGUUAACGUUGACGAAUUACUCUUGGACUCCUUUUACAGUUGACUUUCUCACGCAUAAAUCUAUUUAUGGUGACCUUUGAUAACCGUGUGCCAUAUAACGAAUAACGGAUACGAUUGUAUGAUCAAAGUUUCAUCCUGUUUUGAUUUCUUCUAUUUUUUUUUUUUUUAUUCUCAAUACUCUGAUGAGAGAAAAACGAAAUGCGGUAAUGAAAAGUGAAAACAAUAUUGUCGAAUAUGAAUCAUAGCGGAAAACCUUGUCUAUUAUCGAUGAAAGUACCUGUUUGGAUAGUAUGCCUUCAUUGGCUGAUAUGGACCAGCUUAUUAAGCGAAGCCAUCGACAUAAAUUGCUGUCAAAAUGGUACGACGUGGGUAGCCGGAAGGAAUUGCAGUGACGGCAGUAACAUUCGUAUCAAAUGUACACUCGGCUUUUAUAAAAUAAAUGGCGAACUCGAAGAAUUUAAUAUUACUCAAACGAAGAAUGGAACAGUACUGACAGAAAUCGAAAGUCUCAUUCAAAUAUCACAGGAUCACUUUUGUAUAAUGCAUACGGAACAUGUCGAUAAACCGUCUGCAUUCGUAUGCUUCGAGGAAACAUAUAUGGACGAGCCACCUCUAUGGAAAAACAUACUUUUCUUUAUUCUCAGCGUGAUAUCGGCGAUAUUUUUAAUCGCUACUUUGACAGUUUAUUUGAUCCUUCCCGAACUUCGGGAAAUACAAGACAAAGCAAUGAUGGGCGCGGUGUCUUCUUUGGCAAUCAGUUAUAUUAUUCUUUGCAUACAACAUAUCAAAGAAUAUGAGAGCGAAGAAAUAACGAUGUGUGUUACAUUAGCAUUCUUUCUCUACUAUGCCUUUAUAACCGCCUUCUUUUGGCUGAACAUUGUGGCUUUUAAUAUUUGGCGAACUGUUUGGUUCAAAAACUUUCCGAUCAAAGAUAGAAUACUCUUUCCUAUAUAUUGUGUUUUUGGAUGGUUCGUACCGACAUGUUUUCUAAUAUCAGCAUUGGUCGCUCAUCAUAUUCAAGGAUCUCACUUGAAACCUCAUUUUGGCGAAUACAGAUGUUGGUUUAACGGGACGGCAGAAGUAUGGGUGUUUUUUUAUGGUCCAAUUGCCUUUCUAUUGACACUAAAUGUUAUCUAUUUGGGUCUAACGAGUUGGAGAUUAUGGCAUGAAUAUCGAGAGUAUAGUGGAAACAAACUACGAGCUUUACGAUUUAAAUGUUUGCUUUAUAUAAAGCUUAUGCUUGUUAUGGGUAUCACAUGGAUCUUUGAAAUAUUAUCAUUCGCUGCUGACACAACUCAGUGGUAUUGGAUACCAACGGAUAUUCUCAAUACAUUGCAAGGUUUUAUCAUAUUUCUUCUUUUGGUUGUAACACGAAAAAGAGUGAGAAAGCUUUUGGCGAAAAAGAAACCUUGUGGUAUAGUCUUCCCUAAAUCAUGGACAGCCUACAAAGAUGAGGAAUAUGAGAUAGUGUUACCAGAAGAAUUGGAAUUGUCUCAACAAGAGACUAUGAUUAUCAUUCAUUUAUGAUAUUCUUAGAAACUUUCUGGAGCCAUUCAAAACAUGGAGAGGAAGAUAGUAUCAAUUUACGAUCUCAUUCUAAUUUAACUAUCAAAUUUUAAAAUCGCAUUAGGUGGAAAUUAUUAUCUCAAUAUCGUAGGACAUAGAGAAGAAAUAAUAUCUAGUUUUUCAUAUUACGAAUAAAUUAAUCAUGCAUAUCUCUUUAGAAUCCAUGCAUAUUCUUCAUGUAGUCUAAUAUAAUUUUCUCUGCUGUUGGAGCAAAGGAAAAGAUUAUUAUUGUACAGGAAUCUCUGUAAAUAUUAAGUAAUUACGAAAAAUCGAAAAAAGGGAGAAUAAAAUAUAAGUACAUAUAUUGUUUAUUACAUCUGUCUAUUCGUUCUGUGCUGAUACCUUUUGUUUUAAAAACUAUUAGUAUCAGCGAAACGAAAUGACAAUGAAAGACAAUCAUAUUUAAAUUUCUCUAAUGUAAAAAACAAAGCAUCGACUGAGGAUUUUUUUUUCUUUCGCGCGAUACAUAAAAUCGGACUUUGUACGUAUAGCAAUAUCAAUAGCUCUGACACAAUCGAACGACUCAUCAUCAACACGAUGAGAAUAUUGUUCAUUUGAAAAAAAUUUUUUUUUACAAAUUAAAACAUUAUAUGUAUGCAUAAAUAAAUAAAUCUUUGUCUAAAGACAAAUCAAAAUGUAA